AUGCUUGGCGAACAGGAUUGUACUGAGCUUUUAGAGCUUCUGGCACACUACGAUUACCUUUUAGAACAGUUGGAAGUCAGUUUUAGCGAAGGCUUUCAACAUUUAAGCAGAGCCAACUUUCACAACAAAGACGCUGUAAGAGGUCGCUAUGGGCGUGAUUACUGGGACGAAAGGUUCAAGGGCUCCCAAUUUGUUUCUCACAAGGACUCUACUAUUUCGAUUAUGGAGUCUGAAAGAGCAUCGAAGUACCUGGCCCAGUUUGAAUCAGACGACGAACAAGAAGAACAAGUUGAAGACGGAAACGGAAGACAUCUAAAAAACCGCAAAACUGGACAAGAAAAGUCCGACGUGCGAGCUUCCAAAGCCAUUCGAGACCCAAUUCAUAUGUUUGGCGGAGUUUUGUCGAUUCCAUCUUCUCUAAGACAAUGCCAAAGAAACUUCAAGGGCAGCAUAGGGUUGUUGGUUGAGCUGGUAAACUGCCGAAGGAAGAUCGACAAUAUGAUUUCAUGA